UGUGACUUUUCUUGACUCCGCACCUCUGGCUUCUAGAAAGAUCUUAUCAGCAAGUAAAAACAUUUAUCGGCACUAAAAAGGGUAGACAAACUCACCGACUCCAGAUGGCGCUAUUGAGCACUGAAUUCAAUUACAAUUCAGUCGCAUUCCUCGUUCCGCUGAACCGAUAAAAAUACGUAACAAUAGGGAUCAUUGAAGCGCGAAUCUCUCGUCUCACGAAAAGAAGAAACGGCAUUAGCUGUUCAUUACCGGUAAGCAGUCUGCAAGGAAAGGCGCACGAGUUAUUGCACCAAUAGCGAAAUAGAUAUGAUAAACUAACAGUUAUAAUAAAGUAAUACCGCAUCAGUGUUAUUAAUCGUUAGCGGGAAUAUUGCGAAGGAAAACACACAAAGAAUGGAAUGUACGAAACAACUUCGGAAAAUAUUUUUAUUGUUCUGUUUGAUGAUUCAAGUCCAAAGAUCGAUUUCAGCUGUUUCAUCGUGUGGCGGAACACUGGUUGGUCCCACCGGAACUUUUACGUCACCAAACUAUCCCCACUCUCCGAAACGAGCACCGAAUGCAGCGGAAGUACGUACGUCACUAUCAAGUAAAGAUGAAGAUAUUAUUACGUGUGAAUGGAAAAUAAAAGUACCUGAAGAUUUCGGUAUUCAACUCAAUUUCGGGGAUUUCAACAUGGGAGCAGGGCUGGAUGAAUGCAGCAAAGGAGAAUUAGAAGUUUUUUCUGGAAUUGAUGAGAAUAAAACAAGUUUGGGUGAGUUAUUAGGACCCUUUGUUCAACUUGGGAUUCCUUUGGGAUUGUCAAUUUAA